AGUUACAAUAUUUUUGGGGAAAAUAUGAACAAUGACAAUUGUUCAUCCUUAUUUUGUUUUGUUUAAACAUUGAUCAUAAUUAUUAUUAAACAGAUUUUUAUGAAUUAGAUGAAGAAAAUCGGAAAUGUAAUUUUUUAGAACCCAUAAUUUAGUUGUAGAGUUCAUUAAAAAAAACUACGAGUCCUUUAUGCCAUAGUUAGUUAUUAGACAGCAAGGAAUUUGAAGGAUUUUUAAAGAGAAUUUUGGAGCAGAGUAAGAUGAUUUUUUUUAUUAUGUUAAUGUUUUGAAAAUUCUCCGGAGUAUGUGGAAAUGGUCUACCCUAACAUAACCUCAAAAUGCAUGGUGCAGGAAUGUUAAUUCUACUCUAAUAAACACGAAGAUUAAAAUUCUCCGCGAUCCCUAAUAAAAUUCUUAUAACGUUCUCUGCAUCAAUAUAAAGACACAAAAUGUCAGACGACGAGGAUUACAUGUCCGACAAAUUUGUUUUGGAAACUGAAAAACAAACAACCACCAGUUUAUUUUUCAAAAAAUCUCAGCAACGUGAAGUGGAACUUUUGAAGAGAAAGGCGGCUGCUGAGGAAAGAAUGAGAGAGAAAAAUAAAUCAGCUAAAGUAAUGGAACAAGAAAAAAGAGAGGAAGGGUUAUCAUCAGCUAUAUCCAGUGACAAUAAGGGUUUUGAAAUGCUGAUAAAAAUGGGCUACAAACCGGGCCAAGGCAUCGGUAAAACUGAGUCUGGUCGUGCAGAGCCCAUACCGGUCGACGUCAAAGCAAAUCGACUGGGUUUAGGAAAAUCAGAUAAAAGAAAGCCCCCAAAAAUCAUCAAUCCAACAGCUAAAUUGGACACUCUGAAAACUGAAGAUUUUCGUAACAGAAUAUCAAUUAAAAAAGCAGAACAACUGACAGUAACGGAUUUAUUAAAAAGUCAAAAGGUUUGUGAACAACUGGAUGUUAAGGAAAACCUGCAAGAGCCGAAAGAAAUCUGGUUUUGGCCGGAAAUUGAAAAUGAAAAUGGAAGUACUGAUGAAGAUGAAGAAAAAGAAGAAUUGCAACAGGAGCUGCUUUCCACAAAUGAAAAGCUAGAGAUUCUUACAAAGUAUUUGAGAGACAACUAUUUCUAUUGCAUUUGGUGUUGUGCAGCUUACGGCAGUAACGAGGAUUUAAAAGAUAAUUGUCCUGGAAAUACACGUAGUGAUCACUAGACU